CUCAUCCGCAACUUCCAGCGAAUACCACUCCUUGCAACUUCCAUACUCCAUCUAUAAACAGCAAAAUGGCCGAGGACAAGACUUUCGUGCUCCAGACUACUGGCUUUGACGCCCGAUUCCCCAACCAGAACCAGACCAAGCACUGCUGGCAAAACUUUGUUGACUACCACAAGUGUGUCAACGCCAAGGGUGAGGAGUUCGCUCCCUGCCAGCAGUUUAAGAAGGCUUUCCGAUCUCUUUGCCCUAACGAUUGGGUCGGCCAGUGGAAUGAGCAGAUCGAGGCCGGCACUUUCCCCGCUUCUCUCAAGCCUUAGACAAUAUCUUGCUUUUCAAUUUCGUCUUUAGCAUCUUUAGGGUGGGGACCAAUGGCAUGAAAACAAAUCGUUGAAGG